GAGGACAAUCGGACGAGAAGAGGACUUGCACGCUUGCACGCUUGCACUUGCAGAGUGGCGAGGGCGCGAGAAUUGCACUAAACGCGCGGGACUUCAAUUUGGUGUAUUAUAUUAUCAUAUCAUAUGCUCAAAUAAUUUAUGUCAAGCUCUUUAAAGCAUACUUGACUUCCUUUCCCGAUUUUGUUGCAUGGGCGCCUCGUUUUGGUCUGGGGGGUCGGGGCGUCCACGCGCCUUCGUGCAAUUACCGAGUCGUGCGGCCAUGAGCUCUUUUAUUUUCUACCAGCCUGUUUGGUACAUGCCAUCGAAACAUACCAGUACUGUAUACCAAUUGAUAAAUGCCAAGGGCUUCAUUCUGCGAGACGAGGCUGGGCUCUGCGCUCUGUAAAGUAGUGCUGGCGCCCUGAAAACUUUCCAACAAGGAAAAUCACUGCGUACACAAUUCUGCGUGAGAAGUCCAAGGACAGGCUUCGGGCCCGAACUCGUUGACCUCGUCUACUUUACGCCUGUCGACGCUUGCAUUUGUAUACUGUACUUUUACCUCUUACCUCUAAGCUCCGGCAAAUGGGCCCUGCUCAGACCAAAGCAGAACUUUGUUGACCCGGCGACAGCCAGCGAAACCCACCUCGAGCCGAACCCAUAACGACAGCAAAUGUAUGGACGAAACAAUCCAGUGCUUCGGCACUUUGGCGCUGACGACUUGGCGGCACAGGCGACGCUGCAGGCUGUUGACCAGCGUCGGGCUGCGGGUGAGUACGUGCCGCCUAGUGAGGAGGUGGUGCCGCGCCCCACGCCUGACUACGACGAUUAUUUCGAGUUCGACCGCCCUGUGCCUUCGGGCGUAGAGCCUGAUGCUCACGACUUCCUGGUGGAAGAGGCUAUGGGUGCACAGCGGUACGGCGCCACGCAAGUGCCGGUUCACUACCAAGGCGCCUCUGCCGGCCCCUCGUCAGCAUCUCCGGUGCCCUCAUCUCCGCCACCUGGAUCCUAUGACUCGCCAAACGAGCAAGCGUACCAGGGCUAUCGCAGCGGCGGGCAGGCAAGCAGCCGGAGCGGGGGUGGCAGCCCAUCGCCACGCGUACACGACCCGCGCUCGGAGGCAUCUCGCAGGCCCUAUGGCGCAUACAACAGCCAGAGCGGCGGCGGCAGCGCGGGUGCAUCGCCAAACAGGUCUGGCGACAGCCGCGGAGGUAGUCCCACGCGGCACUCGUAUCAGCAGGCUCCCUCCUAUGUGCAGCCGCCCUUCCGGGCCGGCGUGCCGGCCACCGGACCGGUGCGGCCGCUCGUGUCGACCCCCACCGGUGACCGGCGCCGCCAGCGGCGUACGACAGGAUCCACAGCAUCCCCGCCCGAUUCCCGCACCGCCAGCCCCAGCCAGCCACGCUCCAGCAACACUGAUGCUACGCGCGGCGCGGGCGCGAGCACCUCUGGCGACGCAGUCAGCGGGUCGGAGGGCCACAGCGCGGCAGCUGCAGUGGCUGCGGCCGGUGCAAUUGACGCGGCGACACGGCAGGCCCGGGGCAUCGGCGCAAAAAUAUCUGGGCGACCGACUUCUGCGAGGCCCGGAAGCCCUAGUGCGAGCCCUGCUGCUCGUACUGGGGCUACAAGGCGCCCCGUUUCCGCAUCACCAGCCUCAGCCGGGGCCGGCGCUGCAGGUGCCCGCAGGUCCCAAGCCCGCGCCCCCGCAUGGUCUCCAGCAGCUGGUAUCGCCAAUGUCAGGCUGGAUGAACACGAUGAGGCGACUCGUGUGGCUAUGAUGCUGAACGACCCGUCAACAAGCAGAGAGGUGCGGUCGGCGGCGUCGGCGGCGCAGCAGCAGCAGCAGGCGGCUGCAGCACACGGCACGGGGGCUGUGCGCGGGUCACACCAGCAGCCUUACGCCUCGCCCCGCGCGCCUCCAUCGCCGGGGGCGGCGGUUUCGCCACCGCGUCACGAGGCGAGCUCACCGGGCCAGGGCCAGUACAUGACGGACGGCCAGCGGAACCGGUCAUCAGAGAUUUCGGAGCAGUACUACAACACCUACCGGCUGCGGAAGCACCGGGAGGCGCAGGGCGUGCCCGACCACCGCUACUCGCAGCCGCGCUCAUUGGGGGCGCACGCGCCCAUCCAGCAGAAAUACUUCUCGUUCGAUGAGGCGCACCCAGCCAUUGCGACGGAGCACUGCCUGCGCAGUCCGGGGCAGAACCACAUGCUGCAGGCUGAGCGGCAGAAGAUGCAGCAAGCCAAGAUGAGGGCCGCCCGCAUGGCGGCUCGCGACCGCAUGCUGUCGCCCACACCCACCACCCAGCAGCUGGCGGCAGACGUGGACCGGCUGGCGCGGGUGCGCGAGGCGGGCCGUGCGCGGCUGCGGCAGCUGGAGCGCGAGGGGCAGGCGUUGCGACAGGAGACCAGCCAGAUCCAGCAGCGGGCGGUAGACGCCAUCGCGCGGGCGGAGGCUAUCACCGUGGCGUCGGGCCUGCCACACUCGCGCUCGCCGUCAGCCUCGCCCUCGCCACCUCCGCACUACGCCCGCCGCUCGCGCUCGCCUUCGCCGGCUGCCUACUACAGCGGCGGUGGCGGCGGUGGUUACGGCCGCGGCGGCUUCGGGCCGCCGCCCCGCGCCUACUACAACCGUUCACCGUCUCGUUCGCCCGGCCGCCAGCGGCCAGUGAGCGCCAGCCCCUACGGCUACUACGGAGCCGAGGUGGAUGAGGGCUACUACAGCGGUGGCAGCCCGGGUGGGGGCGCCGCUGGGCACCGGCCUGUGUCGGCGCCGCCACAGCCGCCCGUGUCGCCGCCGCCGGGCCCGCAGCACGGCGGCGCGGGCCACCCGGUCGUGGCGCCCGCCAUGCCCACGUCGCCGCCGCCCGGGCCGGCCGAGGCGCAGUACAUCCUGGACAUGAUCAACCAGGUGGAGAGGUUGCCGCAGCACGCACAAGUGCCGGUCGCCAGUAGCACGUCGGGCGCUGCCUCCGGCUCGGAGCCAUCCCAGCGCGAGGCGGACCACAUGGCUCGUGCCUCGGCCAUCUUCAACAGCCGCGCGCCGCUGGGCGUGAUGGACGACUCGGAGACGCGCAUCGCCAUGGGCGCGUACGACAAGGCGCGGUACGAGGAGUACCAGCGCCAGGUGGACUUGGAGAUGCAGCGGCGGGCCGUGGACGGCGGCUACGACUCAGACGUGGACCGGGAUGAGGCCGCGGCCCUGCUGGUGGAGCAGCCGCAGGAGGAGGAAGAUGAUGAGUCUCUGGCGCGGCGAAUGCAACUGGAGGCCAGCUGGAAACAGCAGAACGAAUGGAUGGACGCGUACCGCGAGCGCUUUGGCCCCGAGGACGGCUACCUGCCGGAACGCGCAACGUCCGAGGGCGGCGGCUCGCCGCUGCAGGGCGAGCUGUCCGUCAUGUCGAACGCGGAGGGCGGCAUGGUGGGCAGCCCCUACGUGCCGAUCGUGUCCAAGGACUUCCCGCUAAGCGCUGGGUACGCUUCGGAGGGCCCAGACGCCUACAACCCUCACCGUCGCACCCGUCGCAAGCUGUUCUUCAAGAGCACCGUGCCAAAGCCGUUCGAGUUCGAAGAGCGUGAGCGAUCACGCCCCAAAAGCAUUGCCAAGGUCAAGUUCGAGCAGGAUGUGGCCAUCCGGCUUGCGGAGGAGGCGGCGGCGCGCAACCGCAAGUUCCGGGCGAACCCGCUGCCCUCCGCAGUGGUGGAGCCACGAUACGAGCGCAUGCUGCUGGAGGCGGAGGUCAAGCGGCAGCUGUCACACCAGCGCCGCCUGGAGGAGCUGGCAAGCCUGAUGGAGCAGCCGUUCUCAUUCUUCUAUCGGGACCAGGAGCGUGAACUGGCUCGGGAGGAGUUGGCCAAGGCCGCCAAGGACCCCAACAGGUUCCAGGUGGCAUUCCGUGCAAGGGAUGCACCUACAAGCACAAAGCAGGAGCGGUUCCGCAUGAUGCAACUGGAGCUGGAGGCCAAGCGCGAGUCCACACGGCGCCGCGUGGAGGAGGCCCGCCGCGCGGCGAAGGAGCGCGUGGAGGAGGAGGCAAAGCGCAGGCAACAGGCGGCGAACCGUGCCUACCAGGAGCGCCUGCGUAGUGUGGACCCCGCGGUGCACUACUCGCCCAACGCGCCGCACCCCACCAAGCCCAUGGGCGCGGUGCCGGACUUCAACGGCCUGCACCGGCAGUGGGAGGUGCAGAUGGCGAGGGCGCGCGCCAACAUCCGCAAGCGCAUCACUGUGCCACAGGAGUUCCGGCUCAACGGUGCAGACCUGUCCGAGCAGGCGGCGCGGGAUCGCAAGGCGGAGGAGCGGCGGCAACGCAUCAUCUUGGAUAUGCAGGUGGAUGCGGAGCUUCUGCCGGAGAUGCGCUGGCCGUACAAGUCCCCGCGCGGCAAGGUGCGCCCCACCCCAAUGCCGGCUUACCUGGUAGAGCGCAUGGGGCGCUCCCCCGGCAACCACGCCGCGACGGCACGCAAAUCAGCUACGAAAGCGGCGGCGCAGGGCGGCGCAUACACGCUUCGCGAAGAGAAGGAGGCGGCGGCGCGCAAGGCCUCGGAGAAGCUGCGCGCGGAGGCCCUGCGGCGUGCGGACCGGCUGCUCAAGGAUGCCGCCGCGCGCAAGCAGGCGGAGGCAGAGGCGGCCGGCGGGGGCGGGGACUUCGGCCUCGCGAGCGACGUUGGCGCCACAGCGGCGGGCGGCGUGGACCAGAGCUCCAGCGGCCGCGGCGCCGCCAACCGCCGGCGUGUGGAGGUGGCGGGCCGACAGGACAACCCGCAGGUGUACGUGGAGGCCCGGCACAUGCAGAUCGAGCGCAAGGUGAAGGAGGUGGUGGAGGACGCCCUGCUGGACCAGGGCAUUGAGGCCUACCGCUACGUGGAGGGGGUCGGGCAAGGGCGCGGCAAGGAUGGCAGUGCAGCAGAUGCAGCCGACGCGUAGCGAUGGCGCAUUAGGUGUCGCACGACACGCGACAGAGUUUGAAUCUGUUUACCUUGCUGGCUCUGGCGUUGCGCACAUGGUCUGGGAUAGCGCACGUGCAUGUGUGCUGGUGCUGGUGCAACACAUUUGCUGUGGACCGCUCCGCCACAGAACGGAACGCGGGGUGGGACUUGGCGGGCAUGAUGGCGCAGGUGGCUAAUGUUGGGUAAGCCUGUAGCUGCCACGACUGAUUGCUGCUGAUGGGUACGGAUGUAACAUGCGAAUGACAGGUGUCUCGGAUAUCCACAGAUUUAUAUGGCCGCGUAGGGUGCAGGAAGGCCGUGGGGGUUCAGGGGCGCCAAAGGAGCGGUGGACAUUGGGGGGAAUUGGGAGGGAUCGGUGGUACCAUGGGGAUCUUGGGCACCGGCCCUGACCGAGUUUACCGUUCUUGCAUGCGAGUACGGCUACUGCUGCCGGCAACAGUACAAGCAAUGUUACACGCCCUCUCG